AUGGGUGCAAAAUAUAUGUUUUGCUUGUGUUUAUUUGUUUGGAUUGCAGAAGCACACUUUGAAAGCAAGGUUUUCAAUGUAAAAGAUUAUGGCGCUAUUGCAGAUGGAAAGACGGACAAUAGUGCGACAUUUCUAAAAGCAUGGAGUGAGGCAUGCAAUUGGAAUGGAAGUGCAAGGAUUUUGAUACCAAAUGAAACCUACAUACUCAACCCAGUCAUGUUUUCUGGUCCAUGCAAGGGUCUAAUGAACUUUACAAUAAAAGGCAUUUUGAAGGCUCCAACUGAUCCAUAUUUAUUUGGUGAUGACUGGAUAAAUUUCAGAUAUGUCAACAACCUUACCGUGAGUGGAGGUGGCACAUUGGAUGGUCAAGGAUAUUUAGCUUGGCCACUCAAUGAAUGCAGCAAGAAUUCAAACUGUCCCACUCUUCCUGCCACAAUGGUAUUUGACUUCAUCACCAACAGUCAUGUCCAUGACUUGCGAUCUAUUGACAGCAAACACAGCCAUUUCGUGAUAUACGCUUGUCAGAACAUGACUUUCACAGAGUUAGCAUUACAAGCCCCUAGAGAUAGUCCUAACACAGAUGGUAUCAAAAUAGGGAUGUCAAAUGGUAUAAAUAUCACGAGGGUGAGAAUUGGCACUGGCGAUGACUGCAUUGCUAUACUUUCUGGCUCCAAGAAGAUCUGGAUUUCAGAUGUGUUUUGUGGUCCUGGUCAUGGAAUUAGCGUGGGAAGCCUUGGUCAGAAUGAUGGGGAAGAAGAUGUAGAAGACAUAGUUGUCAAGAAUUGCACAUUUAUUGGCACCCUUGAUGGUGUUAGAAUAAAAACAUGGGCUUCUCCCUUGAACCAAACUUUGAACGCUUCUAAUUUUGUCUAUGAAAACCUUUUCAUGAUUAACGUGGAGCAUCCCAUUAACAUUGAUCAAGAAUAUUGUCCAUAUCCUCCUUGCAAAAAAACUGAGGUGGCUUCAAACGUGCAAAUCAGAAAUGUGACUUUCAAAAAUAUUUUGGGAAGUAGCAGUACAGGGGUUGGUGUAGAUCUUAAGUGCAGUAAUUAUAAGCCAUGUCAAGACAUAAAGGUGGAGGACAUUAAUUUGUGGCCUCAUGGUGGCAGAGGAAAUUUAAGCAAUUUCUGUUACUAUGCAAACGGAGCUUCUUAUGGCGAACAGAUUCCACCUUCCUGCAUUUAG